UCACAUCAGUCGUCUCUAGAGGUUUGGGCUGUUGUACGGUUUCAAUGUCCACGGUGGGCAUACUCGCUCGACAAGUAUUUUGAUAGGUCCUAAACUUUAUUAUACAGCACGUAAACGUCAAAAGUAGUACGUAAUUAGAAACCAUGCUGGCGACGCUACAGAAGGCUCGCAGCCUUAUGGCUUUGAAAAAUGUCAGAGGAGUGCAAUCCUCCGCAAGCCGCUUAUCGGAUCACUUGUUUGUUCACAGAGACUCUAAUGAAAAUAAUCCUAAUACUCCAUUUGAGUUUGAUGAGGCAAAUAAAAAACGAGUUGAAGCAAUCCUGGCGAUAUAUCCCGAGGGUCACAAACGUGGAGCUAUGAUGCCAUUGUUGGAUUUGGCUCAACGCCAGCACGGUUGGCUGCCCAUCUCAGCAAUGCAUAAAGUUGCAGAGAUUCUCAAACUCCCAAAUAUGCGUGUCUAUGAAGUUGCCACAUUCUAUACCAUGUUCAAUCGUCAACCAAUAGGAAAAUACCAUGUCCAGGUCUGUACAUGCACACCUUGUUGGCUGCGAGGAUCUGACGAGGUGCUCCAAGCUGUUGAAAAAGUAACAAAUUGCAAAGCUGGCCAUACUUCCGCUGAUAAACUUUUCACUGUCAUCGAAGUUGAAUGUUUAGGCGCCUGUGCCAAUGCCCCUAUGCUUCAAAUAAAUGACGACUAUUACGAAGAUCUCACUGCGGAAACUACAGAGAAAAUAAUAAAUGCGCUAAAGAAUGGUCAAGAAAAACCACCACCAGGCCCUCAGGUAUCAGACCGUUUCGCUGCUGAGCCAGCGGGUGAUCUUUCAUCUUUAACUAGCCCACCACCUGGACCUGGUUUCAAAAUCCGUUCAGAUUUGUAGAGACCAACCAGCAGUUGUUCUUUGAAAGUAGAUAUGACUCACAUGGGUUGAAUAACUCUGCCACUUGCAUAGACCAAUAAAUCAUAGAUCGUUAGUA